AUGCACCCUGACCAGGAAGAUUGGGAUGAGAGGGAGCCGGAGUACGAGGAUGAUGAAGCCUACGCACCGAACGAUGAAGGACAGAAAGAGGACGUUAAUAUUCUAUUCGACGAUGGCACCACGCCUGGUACAGGAGUGGAUUCGUUGGGCGCUGACUCCGAUAUUGAAGAUAGAGAUGGCUAUAAGGGUGUUCAUGGGCUUGACGAUUUGUCUUCUGAUAGUAACUUUGUCCCAGAUGCCGAAAGUGAUGCGGAACUGUCAGAUGGUGAUGACGAUUGA